AUGGCGGCGCCCAUGGGUCGCGGCCUGUGGCGACUGCGGGCCCGAGUGAGGGCGGAUUCACACUCACGCCCCGGGGCCUGGGCGCUGGGCCUCGGCCUGGGGAUGGGGCUGGGACUGGGGGCGGCGGCGCUGAUGUUCGGGGCCCGGAGCCGCCGCCCCCGCGGGGAGGGAGAGGGGGAGGAGGAGAAGCCGGGACCGGGACUAGGCCGCAGGCUCCAUCUCCCCCGGCUCCUCGCGGCGCGUCCGCACACCCCCGGGCCCGCUCCCGGCCCCGGGCCCCUGCACGCGCACAGCCCCCGCCUCAAGUACAACUUCAUCGCCGACGUGGUGGAGAAAACGGCGCCCGCCGUGGUUUACAUCGAGAUCCUGGGGAGGCACCCGUUGAGUGGGCGUGAGGUGGCCAUCUCUAAUGGUUCGGGCUUUGCCGUGUCGGCGGACGGGCUGAUCGUCACCAACGCCCACGUGGUGGCCAACCGGCGGCGGGUGCGGGUCAAGCUGCCCAAUGGAGAGGCUUACUGGGCCCGAGUGCUGGCCACAGACCCAAUGGUGGACAUCGCCACUCUCCGCAUCACCCCCAAGGAGCCUCUGUCCACGCUGGCCGCUGGGGCACGAGCUGCGAACACACGCCUCUGCGUCAGGGCGAGUUUUGUGGUGGCGUUGGGGAGUCCCGUUCUCGCAUGCCAGAACACCAUCACGUCCGGCAUCGUCAGCUCCGUGCAGCGGGCCAGCCACGAGCUGGGUCUGGGCCACACGACAUGCAGUACAUACAGACACCUGUAUCUCGUGUCCCUGCCUCUAUAG